AUAAAAGCUAAGUUAAUUGAAAGAGAGAGAUGUCGGGAAGAGAGAUGGGAAAGAAGAGAGCGAGCCCAGUACACAGUAUUUUUCUUCUUCUGAUGGCGCUGCAACUCUUUUCUGCUACUUCAUCUCUUUCUCACUCUUACUCUGACGAGGGUAUUGACGAGACUGCUUCUAGAACUCUUAAAGAGGAGGAACCUCAAGUUCAUUGUUCCAGAGAGAGGAGUCGAGCAGCCUGGAAAAUUAUAGAGGAGUAUCUGUUGCCUUUUGUGGAACGAGAGAAGUAUCAACUUUCAAGCCAGUGCAGACUUCACCCAAACAAUGAUAUAUUUAGGGACCAAGAGGAACAUAAGAUUCACAUAGACAUAAAUGAUUGGCAGUGUGGGUAUUGUAAGAAAGUCUUCCGAGCUGAAAAAUUUUUGGAUCAGCACUUUGACAACAGGCAUUACAAUCUUCUAAAUGUUAGUCAUGGCAAGUGCUUGGCAGACCUCUGCGGAGCUUUGCACUGUGAUUUUGUAAUGAAGUCACAAUCUCGUAAAACAAAGUGCAAUCCUGCUGCAGCUGCUAGGAAUCGUCACUUAUGCGAGGAUCUUGCUGAUAGUUGUUUUCCUGUUAAUGAGGGUCCUUCAGCUGCUCGUCUUCAUGAAUUUUUUCUACGCCAAUUUUGCGAUGCCCACAGUUGCUCAAGAGGCCGAAAACCUUUCUCUGGGGGAGGCCGGAAGCAUACCAGUGUCCUUUACUUGGCGACUUCAAUAUUGAUUUUGAUGCUCCUUCCCAUAUUCUACUUGAUUGUAUACUUGUAUAUACGAGAAAUGAGAAAGGGAACACAACAGCUUAAGCGCAUCUCAAAACCUGGAAGAAAGCCAAAGCCCUCGUGAUAUCAACUGGUUUAGUUGUUUGCAUAUCAAAUAACAAAAUAGAUGAGGAAUGAGCACCCUGAGGUUGCUCUACACGCAAUCUCCAACCGGAAAUGCAUUUACCACAAAUGACCUGAGAAAUCGAAAGUUGCACCUAGUGAAAUGAGUUGUUAUAUAUAUAUAUAUAUAUAUAUAUAUAUAUAUACACUUCUAGUUUUUCUUCUCUUCUUUUCUUUUUUGACUAGCAUUCCCUGAAGCAUCACCUUGUACACAAUGCAUCAAAAGGCGUUCUGUCAGUUUUUAAAUUGAUUGGUAGAUUUGUUCAAUUCCUACAGUAGGAUAAUGGCAUGUGGUUCAACUAUGUUCUUUCUUGAAACAUUUGUAUGGUACUUUUGAAUUGAUCCCCUUACUUUAUGGAGUAUUACUAUUUUUACUGUGCA